AUGAAGGCCGCCAUUGCCCUAGUAGCACUGGUCUCCCUCACAGGCAGCCUGGUGUGGGCCGCACCAAACGAAGAAUCAAUAGACAUACAAAGGUUCAAUGAUGCUCUUGAGAAUGCUCUCAGUCAAGCCCCACAAACACCACCUGAUGGCACCAAGAUUGAUCAAGAUGCGGCCAAACAAGAUGAUGGUGAUGAUAUAGACUUGCAGUCACUAAUGGCAGCUGCUCAAGGUGGUGAUGGUGAGGAUGAUGGAAAUAUGAAAGCUCUAAGGUCACUACUAGCAGCUGCGCAAGACGGUAGUGAUGGUGAUGAUGAAAAUAUGAAAGCUCUGAGGUCACUAAUGGCAGCUGAGCAAGAAGAACCGGAUAAUAAACUGGUUGUUAAUGAACAAGAUGACGACGAAGAUAUGAAAGCAUUCAAUUCGCUAAUGGCUGCUGCACAAGAUGAAGGUGAUAAUGGAAAUAUGAAAGCUUUGAGAUCUUUAAUGGCAGCUGAGCAAGGAGAUGACGAUGAUGAAAAUGUGCAGGCUCUGAAGUCUCAAAUUGCAGCUACUCAAGAUGCGGGCGGUGACACACAAGAGGAGCUGCCAGCUAAAUCUCAGUGGUAUCGUUGGUCCUACUACAAACGGUACUAUGCUCGGUACUACAGUAGAUAUUAUGCUCGUUACUACAGUCGAUACUACGCUGGGUAUUACAGCAGGUAUUACAGUCGAUAUUACGCUCGCUAUUAUCAUCGAUACUACAACAAAAAGUUUAAAGGAGCAAAAUCGUACGGUAAUUACGGAUUUAGUGUGAUUCAUCAUGUGUACAGGUACAUGAAGAGUCACUACCCCAACAUGUAUCGCAAGUACUUGCACUAUCGUAGAAUUCGGGGAUGAUGAGUGAACCGAUGAAAAAGAACUCUGAGAAUUAUAGUGUAGUGGAGAUGAUAGUUAGAGCAAACAUUUAGCUAGUAAGUGAAUAUUGAACGCAAUUUAGUCGCAUAGCUAUAUAUAAUAGAACAUGUAUAGCAAAGUAUGUUUGUUGUAUAUUAGAAUAAGCAUUAUCGACUGCAUAAA